GGUCACGUGGUACAUUAAGGGCGGGAAAAUAGAAAAAGAUGGCGGGAGAGAAUAUUAUUCUUUUAAUCUCUAAGGACGAAAUCACAGAAGAACUGGCCUCUGAGAUGAAGGGCUACCUUUAUCCUUUAAAAUCUUCCAAGAAACAGAAGAAAAAAGCAGAAGAUGAUACAAAGGACAUAUUAAAAUAUCAAGACUUUGUCAUUAAAGCCUUAGGCACUAUUGUUAAGGUUCUCCCUCAAUCCUCUCAUCCUCUCUUGCUGCUAAAAAUGGCUGAAGACUCUGUCUCUUUCUUCAAUACGUCGGUAACAACAAACAAAGCCUCUUCUAACCUUUUCUACAAAUAUAACACAAUACUUAUCCACUUGUCAAAGAAAUCAAUCAAUUUUCUCACAGGCAAGGACCCCUCUCUUGCUGAUAGAGCUAUGGACAUUAUACAAUCAACACUGCAUGGUUUGUAUACUCAGUUGGCCAAUGGCUUUAUUCAGCAUGAGAGAGAAGCACUGAUAAAAGGGACGGCUUGUGUCCUGUGGAACGCAGCAUCAAAAUGGUCAUCAAUCCCGAGUAAAAUAGAAAGAGUUUUGAAUGUGUGUCGUCUCUCGAUUGAAUGUUAUUUCUUGCUACCCUCUCAUGUUUCUUCCGGAUUAGAAAAAGCCCUCAUUAUUGACAAGCAGUAUCGUGCAGCUGUCAAUAAAAAUAAUUCCGAGUCUCGAUUGUCCCUGUCCUGUUUUCAUGUCUCUCUACUAACUAAUCCUGACCUUCUCCUCUCACUGGAAGGUUCUUCUCCAUUAGACUGUCAAGCAAUACUCCACAUCAUCCUUUGGCUAACUCUUGGCAGUUUGCCUAGUUGUGCUUUGAAGAAUAGUAAAGAAGUCAAUAAGUUUAUUGAUAUGAUCCAGAAAACACUUAAAAGGCACAGCAAGAUUUGUAAGAGUAAUGACCAUACACUUGUAAAAGUACUUGUAUCUCUCCAUCAGUUAGCAACUGCUAGUAUAUCUCAAUCUCACCAGAUUAAUUCCUUACUGAUUCGCUCUUUCCCUCCCUCUCUUCUCUCUACUGUUGAUCUAAGUCUUCUCUCACCAAACCAGCUCAUGUUUGUUGCUGAACUUAUCCAAUCCAGUUUAUUAGAGAUGAAGAAUUUGAAAUGGACUUCUCCGUUAUCUGCAGAAGCCUUUUCUUCUCUGAAUAUAAUACUACAACUUUGCUGUCAAUGUCUGGAGGGUCUGAUUAAAUCAUUCAGUGUAUCUCUGAUAAGAAGCAAGCAGGCAAUAACUUAUGGUAUAGUGAUGGAUAUACUGAUGGCCAGUCUGAGGCAGCCAUCUUAUGAUACUAAACUCAUUUCUCGGUGUCUUCCUUUAGUUGAGAGCUUGCGUGAUCUUUUAAAAACUGUGCAACUUCCAUUGCUUGAGGAUCGUGAGGAAGUAGCUACCUACAGUUUCAAUUUUGGCUUGGCACUCUAUCAGAGUAAAUGUUACACUGAAGCUGCUCCAUUGCUGAAAGUCGCCUGCGAAGAGUAUCUUUAUUGCUCUAAAGAGUCUGAAGAUUUCGAGGAAAAGAUAAUUGAAGUUAAAUUAUUUAUGAAAUACACCUUGCUAGUCGAGUGCCUUGUAGAGUCAGGAGACUUUGCCUCCUCAGUGAGGACCAUUGAAGAAAUGUUGAGGACAAUUUAUGAUAAUAAAAUCAAUAAUAAGACAAUAAUAUUGACAUGCUUGAACCAAUUUAUUACAUGCAAGUGUCACUUGAGGGCUUCAACCAAUUUUAAUGAGGAAUCUCUUUUAUCAAGGUCAUCCCUUGAUUGGUUGGAGUCCAGUCCUGAUAAUAAACUCAAAUUCCUAUAUUUAUCCCAAGAGCUCGAGGCCUCCCAGUCAUUGAUGCAAGACACAAGAGACUGGCAGUUGUCUCUCACUCUACAGCUCCUAGCACUUGAAGAGAACAAGAGAUCCCAUUAUUAUGCCUGGCUACUUAUAAAGCAAGCAAGUCUUUCUCAUAGUCUUCAGUCCACUGAUAGUCAGGGGUCACCAUCUGAUGUGCUCAGUAAAGCUAUAGUGUUACUGAAAUCAUUACAAGAUAGUGUUGACAGCAGGUGUAUGAGUAGUGAUCUGUUAGGAUUGGCAUAUUUAUGGAGGGGGAUUUUCAUGCAUUCAAGUUGUAUGAGUAAGUCGGAAUCAAUCAUGUCAUUAAAGGCCAAUCGAGAUCUUUAUGAUGUUUUGGGCGUUAGUAUAGAUCAUUGGAGCAAAGUUUUGAAUCACAUUGAUAAUAUAAGAAAAGAUUCACUAUCUGUCAAGAAAUGCUUUCUUAAUUUCUCUUCGACCCUCCAUCAUUUAGUGUUGUUCUCUUCAUUCACUAAUGGGCUGCUCUUCCACAAGCUAACCCUCAGGCUACUUGACCUAAUCAUCACUCUCUCGGAUCGCUUCUCCACUGCCUCUAGUCAUGAAUCGUUAUAUCAGUCACUAGCUAAGAAGGCAAUGCUAUUGCUGUAUGAGAAUGGACUCCACUCUAUCAGUCCUGAGCUAAAAUCUAAACUGGAGAAGACGGAAGUAAUGGAAUAUUCGAGGGAACAGGAGGAGGUCUGUGUUGCUCAGCUGGAGUGCAAAUUAGCUCUGGCCGCCAUAUUUAUACAAAAUGGAGAGUUAAAUGAUGCUCUUAGUUUAUUUAAAGUUAUUCUAUCACAUCCAGUCCUCACUCACUCCAGGUCUUUUGUCCACCACUUCCUCUCCUCAGCAGCUACUCUACUAUCCUUACUCCUCACCACUACUAAUUACAGACCACCUAUAAAAGAAGUAAAUGAGAUCCUCUCAUUUAUACUUCAUAGUAAAAACGGUCAUUGUGAUUAUAAAGACUGUGAUUGUGAUCAUAUUAGAACAGGGUUAUUCAAAUUGACUGAUUUUGAGCUAUCUUUUCACGCUCGUAAACUCACACAUGGUCUUGUGUCUUUGCUAAUGUCGUCAUAUUCUCCUAACUCUACCAAACCUAAUCUUUCAGAGACUGGAGAAGAUAAUGUGAUGGUACCAGAGUCUCACUUACUGGCGUCCCCUCCCUCCAAGGCCUGGGGACUAUUCUCUUCUCUUUUAUCCAAUGCUUAUAGUCUCUCUGGUCAGUAUCUCUCUCGUGGGUUGAUCAAUGAGUCGUUGCUUUAUGCUAAAGAAGGACUGGAACUGGCUAAGAAACUUCAGUUGUUGUAUUGGACUACCAAGUUUACCAUUCACAUGGCUAAGAUUAGCAUAACAUCAGCUGAUGUAGCUGCUUCCAUUGAGCACAUCCAAACAGCUACAGAAUUAAUGGGACUUGAGAAACAGACCAUCAUACCCUCCACUAGUAAAGAUGUGAAAUCAGUCGGGGAGUCAGUACCAGAUACUGCUACAUCAAGCACCAGGUCGGUCAUUCGUAAACCUCAGUCUGCCACUAAAGCUAAAUCAAAGAUUGAUUUCAAACCGAUAGCAAGAGCUACUAGGACUCCAGCGACUAGAAGAUCGACCCGGUCUCGUGUGAAGGCUUCUGAGACUGCAACCCCUUUGCAUCGUAGUACCAGAACUGAGUCUGUUAGUGUGCCCCAGUCUGGUGGCAUUGUUAAUCAACUCUGUGAUGGUAUUGAGGUCCUAUCUCUUGGAUCUCCAGGCAUUACUUCGGAUUGUCAUCAUCAGUUUUUGAUAGUCACACUCUCACUAAUCGUCUCUCAGUAUCAUUUGCUGAAUAAAGACACUAGUAGUUGUUUAUCAGUCCUGGACAGUAUUGCUAAACUGUUGAGUGAUUUAAGAGAAGAGGUGGGCAUCGAGUUGAUCCUACCUCAUGAAAUAGACUCACUUCGUUUAAGAAGUAAAGCACUCCUUGACUUGGGCAGUUUCACUGAGGCUAAAGCUCUUGAACGAAACAGACUUCUUCAGUCUUCCUCUCUCUCUCGCUGGAUGCACCUACCAGCCAUCAGGCUCCCUUUAGCAGGAUUGUAUUAUAAUAUCUCCAUUGCAACGAUUGAGCUAUUUCCAUCCAUCCAGGCUGAUGGUAUUUAUUCUAAUAACUUUAGAACUAGCUCACGGGCUGAAGAAAAGGCACCUCCCGUAGUGACACAAAAGAAGAGAAGAGUGAGAAGGAUUACUGACAGCGACGAUGAUGAUGAAGAGGAGGAAGGAGGAGAGAAGGAGCUUUUAGGGUUUGCAAUAUCUCAGAGUUUGAGACCAGUCUUGUCAUAUUUGCUGUUAGCUUAUCAGCUCCUUAUGCCAGUGACUCUCUCUUGUCCUCUUGUGAGGGACCUCUAUCAAUCACUGGGUCACGUCUUCUCUGUGUUACAUGUUGAAUUAUCGGCUCAUUUCUUUCUACUCUCCUCCUCUGUCUCUCUCGAGCAGGAAGCAGUGUACUGGUUUGGAAGGAGAAUCAGAAAGGAAAAUGGACACAGCCUCAAAGUGAUAUUAUCAGAGAUGGUAUCAACCAUAACCACCACCACCAGCAGUAGUGCCCCAGCCCCACCAUCACUCUCACCUCUAAUAAAGGCUCGUUCUAUGCUCCACCCAUUGCCCCACCCACUACCACUGGACUACACGAGGAACAUGAGAGGGAGCCUACCAGAGGAUUGGGUAUACUGUCUAUGCACACUGACAGAGAGGGCCGGAGGGAAGAGGGUUCUGGUCAUCAUUAGAAUUAAAAAUAACCAAGAUCCCAUAGUGGUUAAAAUCCCCCUGGGGGCCACAACUCAGCAGGAGCAGCAGCCAGGUGAUGAGGGAGUAACAUGUGAUCAAUUAGAGUCAAAGUUCAAUGCUGUAAUGAGUGAGAGUGUGUCAACUAGUGGAUUGACUGAUAGGACAGUUUGGUGGGGUGAGAGAAUAAAACUAGACAAGCAGUUACAGGAUUUAGUAGUUAAACUCGAAUCGGUAUGGUUGGGUCAUUGGAAGUUAUUAUUACUACCAACUCCGCCUCUCUCUUCCUCUCUCUCCCCUCUCUCCUCUCUGCUGUCUGCUAAUGGUCUCUCCUCCAGUACUGCAUGGGCUGAGGUUCUUGUCGCUGGUAAGAGAACGCUCGGUUACAGAGAAUUUGAUCUUGUUCUGUCGUCACUCUUAGACAAGAGGAAAAGAAAUAAAGGAGAGAUAGAAAAGGCUAUUGAAGAUUGUGUGAGACAUAGUAACAGCACUUCCUCUCCUGUCAUCCUCUCAUUAUCUAAAUCCCUUCAUUCCCUUCCUUUUGAAAACAUCCCUCUACUCAGAAACCAGCUGGUGACACGCAUACCCUCCCUCCAAUUCCUAUGUGCUGGCCUCACCCUUCAGACUGAGAGAGGCCAGUCUGGCAUUAAUCCAAGCAGUACGUACUACGUUAUCAAUCCUAGUGGGGACCUCAAGAGAACUCAGGAAGUAUUUGCCGAUUGGUUUGAGAGGGAAGUUGGUUGGACUGGCGUAAUCGGGAGGCGUCCUUCCACGGAUGAGUUCAUUAGCGGAUUAAAGGAUCAUGAUACAUUCAUAUACUGUGGACAUGGAAAUGGAAGAGAAUAUUUAGGAAAGAAUCAGAAAUUGCAGGAUUUGCAUACCAAGGCCACUGUUUUGCAAAUGGGCUGCAGCUCGGGCAAACUUAAGAGUGUUGGCAAUCUUGAUCCUCAUGGAAUGGCUCACAAUUUUCUAAUAGCAGGAUGUCCGUUCCUUGUUGCCAAUCUUUGGACAGUUACUGAUGGCGAUAUCGACCGCUUUUGUACUACACUAGUAAAGAAAGGACUCUCUACCAAGAGGAAGCAGAGAACCACUCAUGAUGAACUUUUGUGCAGUUUAUCUGAAGCUCGUGACAGCUGCAAAUUGAAAUAUUUGAUUGGUGCCAGCCCUGUAGUUUAUGGGCUGCCACUAACUAAAUAGGAACUAUGGAACUAUCAUUAUCACAAUGUUUCAUGAAUAAUAAUGAUUUGUUACUAUUUUUAGUUCACUAAGGACAUUCAUCACAUUACA